AUGUCAACAACAACGCCGGAGAUGAGCUCAUCUCCGCACCAACAACAAUGCUUGGGUAUUCUUCUUCUUCUCCUAUUACUUCUCCUAUUCGUUGGAGACAUCGAACUUGUCAACCAGGUUCACGCAACAUCUUCGCCAUCUUCAUCAGUUCAAGCCAUUCCCUUUGUUUCGCUCAUUCAUGAAGAGAAUCGUGAUCAUUCUUCUUUGAUUGAACAAGAGAGUCAUUCCUUUCCACUCUCUUCUGAAAAUAAUUUGAUGAACCAGUUGAAUCGAUUGCACACACUCAUGAAUCGAAGAGAAAUGAUUCAUUCAUUUUCUGUAAACAAUUUGAAACGUGUGAACAACCUUAACAACAAUGAAGAAGAACAAUAUACUCAGAUUGUGAAACAAUUGGAUGAACCUCGAAGUCAGUUUAUUGUCAAAUUGAAAGAAUUUACAAAUGAAUUCAAUCAAGAUGAAGCACACAAUGCAUCACCAAUGGAUGAAGCAACAACAACAACUACUAACUCUGAAUGGAUUCAAACCAUGGUCAUAAAAUCUGGUAAACCUUUGGGAAUUUCAAAUGUCUUUGCAGUGGUUGCCAAAACGUCAGAAAUCAUUUCACAUGUUGCUUCUUCUUCAUCUUCGAACAAAGCCAUUGAAUGGAUUGCUGAAUAUGAACCAAGAUUCAAAAGUGCUUUGAAUUUUCAAAAAAUUCAACAAUUCGCUCAAAUCCAACAAAACACAGAAUUUGCAGUGUUCAACGUCUCAUCAAGUUCUUUCAAAUUGAACACUGCAAAUUCUGUUGAUGAGAAUGACAACAAGAACCAUUUGAUACACGUCAUUAUUACCAUUCUUCCAUCUCUCGAUGCCAUUCUUGUCAAUCAAGAACUCGAAGAAGCUCAUCUCAUUGCCAAUGAAUUGAAUUCCAAAUUCAGAGAAUUAUUAUCCAAACAACAUCAAUAUCAACAUCAACAACAACAAGAAUGGAACUUCAAUAAGAAUGAUCAUCAUCCUUCUUCAAUGAUUUCUCCAGUUCAAGUUUCUUCAAAGGAUAAACUGGAAAUGAGUUUUUCUCCACUUGUGGCUCAACGUGUGAGUGAAAUUUUGAAAGAACAUUCACAUGUUCAUUUCAUUGAAAGAAAACACGAGUAUCAAUUGUUGAAUAAGAAAUCAAGUGUCAUGAUGCAAGGAUUUGGUCUUUCUCCAAGUGUUGGAAUGUCUGCCACUCCAUUCUAUGAUAUGGGAAUUUUAGGAAAUGGACAAAUUGUGGGAGUCUCAGACACUGGAAUUGAUUGGGACAAUUGUUUAUUUAGAGAUUCAAACAAUCCCAUUGUGAAAACCAAUAAGGUCAAUAUGAAUCAUCGUAAAAUUGUUGGAUAUGACACAGUGACUGUUAUUUCAGGAUUUAGUUCCAUCUCCUCGGAUGGUCAAGACGGAGUGAAUGGACAUGGAACUCAUGUGGUUGGUUCUAUAUACAAAAAAACUGGAAAUCCACAAUUAUUGAUUCCUGCUUCAUAUGAAAAUGACAUUUUCAAACCUGCUUAUAAUAGUGGAGCAAGAAUUUUUUCAAAUUCGUGGGGAGCCAGUGCUGAAGCUUAUUUUUCAUGUAGUUACGAUUGUAAAGAUUGUGUGUGGAGGGUUUCAGUUAGUGGUUAUAGAGCUGGACAGAGGGUGACAGAUGACACUUGUCGAGCCUUGUUUGGAAGCGACUCUUGUUGCUCUGUUUUCAAUCAGUAUAACACUCAAUGUCAAGAUGUGGAUCAAACAUUGUGGAGUUACCAAGAUAGUGUCAUUCUUUUUUGCACAGGAGCCAUUUCUUCGAAAGGAAAUAUUGGAUCUCCUGCAGUGGCAAAGAAUUCAGUCUCUGUGGGUGCCAGUAUGACCUCAAAUUCUGCAUUCGAGGAAUCAGUGUAUUAUGAAGAUUUUAAAAACAAAAUUCAAAACGCUGGGUUACCAUUCUCAACCCCUGAUCAAUGUUGUGCCUAUAAUGGAGAGAAACAAGAUAUUGUUCGUGGUUACUGCUGUCCAAGUCAAGUGAAGACCAAAUACACCAGCAAUCCAUCCAUCUACAACGAAUUCAAUUUGGCUUACUUCUCUUCGAGAGGUCCAGCAGUUGGAAAUCGUAUCAAACCUGACGUGACAGGAAUUGGUUACAAUGUUGUGAGUGCUCAUUCCGAUGGUAAUACCAACACCAAUCAAUGUGGAACCAUGCCUCCAUCUCAAGCCAAUACAGCUGCUCUCAUUACUAAAGAAGGAACCUCCAUGGCCACUCCAUUGACUGCUGGAGCCACUGCAUUGUUGAGAGAGUUCUUUCAAACCAAAAUGAACAUUUCGAAUCCUUCAGGUCCUUUAUUGAAAGCUGCACUCGUUCAUAGUUCCAUUCCAAUGAGUGGAAGUGUGGCCUAUUCCACCGAUGAAACUCAACGAUUCAAACUCUCAGAUUUGGGAAGUCCAAACCCCUAUGAAGGUUUUGGAAGAGUUUAUUUGGGAAGUUUGUUACAAAAUCAAGAUGGCACUCCUUUGAAAAUUCUCGUCCAAGAACAAUCCUUUAAAAACAUUUCAGACUCUCUCAAAUUAUGUUUCAAGAGAAGAAAUGGAAACAAAAGUACCAUUCAAACUUCACCCUUUUUUAAGGCCACUUUGGCAUGGUAUGAUUAUCCAGGAAGUGUUGCAGUUGUGCCUCAACUUUUGAGUGAUUUGGAUUUAUUCGUCAAUACCUAUGUGAGUAGUAGUAGUAGUAGUAGUAGCAGUUCAUCCACCACGACAGAAAUUUCAAAACUUUCAGUGAUUGCUGGAAAUUAUGGAAACCGAGUGGAUAGGACAAACAAUGUGGAGCGAGUGGUGGUGAAUCAAUUACCAGAUUCAUCCUCCAGCGAUCGUUCAGUCUAUGUGAGUGUGGCUGUCUAUGUGUCGAAAAUCUUGAAAACAGAAAGACAACUUUUUGCUCUCUUAUUGACCUAUCCGAAUGAAAUGUUUGAGGCAGUGGAUCCAACUUCUUGUAUCUAUAGCACUGAUUUACCAUUCUCAAUUUCAUAUGGAGCUAUUGUUGGAAUUGUGAUUGGAGUAUUGUUGGCAAUGGUGUUGGUUGUGGCUUUGGUGGUAGCAGUGGUGUAUUUCAUUGUGAAACGACACCAAUCACAAAAGAGAACUGCUUUUGAUGGUGUUCGAGAGAAUCUCAUCUCAGACUAUGCUUACUAUACUCAAAGAUAG